AUGAUUGUAAAGCAACAAGAUUAUGUAAAUGAAGGAGAUAUUCUCCUAAGAUCUAAAGAUAAAACAUUUCGUGUUCAUAAAUUAAUUCUUUCGCUAUCUUCCAAAUUAUUUAAAGAUUUAAUUGAAUCAUCUGAAACAUCAAAACCUUCAACUAACGAAAAUGUGAAAAUCAUUAAACAUUACUUAAUUUCCCCAUCGCUUGAAAUAUAUGUAGAUGGAGAAACUCCUGAAUUGAUCGAAGGAAUGUUAUCAUUUCUCUAUCCAGUAGAACAUUUUAUGAUAACCUGGGAUAAUAUUUCGGAUUUCUUACGAAUUUCGGACAAAUUUGAAAUAGAAAAAAUUAAACAAUGUUGUAAAGACAUGUUAUCAAAAGAAUUUCAAUCUAACACUCUUUUAGCGAUUAAAUUAGCGGAAAAAUAUUCAUUUCCAGAUAUUUAUAAAGAAUCAUCUAAAUUAAUUUUAGAUGAUUAUCAAAAAUAUUCUUCUGAUCCACAAUUUAAACUUCUAUCUAAAGAGACACGAUUAAAAUUAUAUGAAUGUUGGUUCGAUUAUCAUAGUAAAUUACAAGAAUUUAUUUGUAAGUUUCAUAAAAUAGGAGUUCAUCACAACGGUAGAACUAUUAGUUUAAGGGAAUAUAUUAGUAAGAAAUUUCCAGCGACAACACUUUUAAAACCUUCAUUAUUGAUGGAUAUGUGUAAACAACAAUUAUCAUUUGAAAAUUAUUAUAAUUAUCUAAAUAUUAAAGAAAAUUAUCCUGAACGAAUUUUAACUUAUGAACCAUUAUUUCAGAAUGACGAUAAAAUGUACAUUUUUAUUGAAUUAGAUAAUUAA